AUGCUUUACGCUUGCAGCAACAGACAUAAAAAAAAGGAGACAUCCUCCUCCCAGAAAAGUCAGAAAAGCUCUUUAAGUAAAAGCAGCAAGAAAUCCAGAAAGUUUGGGGUGAUUUCCAGAACUUUCUUACUGUGUAGUUCAAAGAACAGUGAUGAUAGAACAAAUGCUGAGGAAAAUGAUUCUGCAUCAAAGGGGACAGCGUCUGAAGGUGUCAGUGAAUUAUCUGUGAAUGACCCCAUAUCCCGAGCAAUAUCACAAGCCCAGCCAAAUAACCCGAAUGUCGAGGACUCUGUGAUUCAAAGUGGAAUUGGGUCUGGAAAGGAUAUUGAGGAAGUCCAUCCUGUUAAGGAGUCUGCACUGGGUACCUGGAGGCUGUACAUAGCCACCGGAGAAAAGGAAUUAGGGAUCAGGAUCAGCGUGGAUGGACAUGAACCUUCUGCCAUGACAGUUAGUCAUGUGAUCAGCGGAGGGGCUGCUGACAGAGAUGGGCGACUCAGCCCAGGUGAUAAACUGUUGGAGGUGAAUGGAUCCUCAUUGUCUGGACUUACAUUCCAAGAGGUCAAUUCUCUGAUACACUCAACAAAAGGCUUGGUGGAUUUGGUUGUUGCAAAUAAAGACCAGCAAUGCCAGGCAGGAGUGGCGGCCACUGCUGGGACUAUAGGCUGUCCUGAUGAAGAGGAUCCUAGACUUAAGGAAUACAAAACAGAAGCGUUAGUUGGAGUGGAGUUAGAUAAAGGAAGGUUUAUUAAAUCCUAUUGUCCACAGACUACAUUUCCAUGCCAAAGGAUUCGAUGUAAUUCAACAGGAGUGAAUUCCUACUGGUUGGACAGAAAUGUUGAUUCUCUGGUUGCUACGAAACAAGGUCUCUGUAGAAAUCCUCCAACGCACUCCCUUUGUGACAACAGGAAGUCUCUCUCUCAACAGUUGGAAACUCCUGGAGGUGCCCAUACAAUGACAAGAGCCAUUCGAUCUUUAAGCUCAGCUCAUUUAAUUCACUCGAGCUUCAAUGCUUCACCAUCAGUCAUUUCAAACAUCGUUUUGAUGAAAGGUCAGGGAAAGGGCCUAGGCUUCAGUGUAGUCGGAGGAAGGGACAGUGUUUAUGGACCUAUGGGAAUCUUUGUCAAAACCAUCUACCCGGAAGGAGCAGCUGCUGCUGAUGGCCGGCUGAGGGAAGGAGAUGAAAUUCUUGAGGUGAAUGGAGUGUCGAUGAAUGAAUUAACCCAUGAUGAAGCAAUACAAAUAUUUAAGCAAGUGAAGAAAGGUGUGCUCACUCUAACAGUCCGGACUUGCCUAAGGGGAUCCAGCCUCGCACAUGGUCAGUCAGCAGCAUAUCUGUGCCGCUCAUGGUCAACCAGCUCCACCACUCACUUUAGUAGAGGAAGCUGUUCAAGUUCGGAGCUGGAUAACAUGCUCCUCCUACAAAAGACACCACAUCCUAAUGACAGGAUCAUCAUGGAAGUCACCUUGUUCAAGGAGGACAGUGUCGGUUUGGGAAUUGGCUUAUGCAGUGUGUGCACACCACUCCAGCCUUCCGGCAUUUAUAUCCACACUCUCUCUCCGGGAUCGGUGGCACAUCUAGAUGGGAGACUCCGGUGUGGUGAUCACAUUUUAAAAAUUAAUACGACAAAUGUCCACAAUCUGACUCUGAAUGAAGUUUACGCCCUUCUACAGCAAUGCAAGUCUGGACCUAAUGAUCUGAUGAUCAGCCGGCAUCCUGACCCUCAGAUCUCUGAACAGCAAUUUAAUGAAGCAAUCUUACUAACAGUUGAAAAUGCUAGAUUUAAUAAGGACAGCUUUCCAUGGAAUGCACAAGGCCUAAGGAAAAAUGAAGCCUGUUGGCACAGAAAGCAAACGUGGGAGAGGUGCAUGGACAGAAGUUUCAUCAAAAAAUCUCAGAAGCCAAUGACUCGUUCCAGCAGUGACAGCAGUUACUUCAAUAGUCCAGCCACUAACACCGGCACCAUCUUCUACAUAAACCAUAGCAAAGGCUUUCAGGCAGAAAUACCUGGCUCUGAUGGCCAAAUAGACACAGACACUGAUGUGAUAGACUUUGCAUCAGAGAAUGGGCCAGAACAACUGCCCCACCUCACAAGGGAUUUUCAUUCAGUUAAAAUUAACAGUAGGGAGCUUGAUAAGCAAGUAACUGAAAUGACUGACAGAAACUUUAAUGAGAGGACUUGUCCACCAACUCCACCACUGAGGACUUUGAGCAUCCAGAGCAGCCUGCAAAAAGAUCAACUUAGCACAGAAGCGAAUGGAGAUCUACACAUGCACAGAAAGGAUGGACAAUCCCAAGCUGGCCACUGUCAGGAAGUAAAGAACCUGCAGCCACAAGAGGAUGAAGCAGUUUCCACUCACAAUAACUUCUUCACUCCAAUACCUUGUGGAGAUCUAGAUCAGCGUUUAAAUUUACCGGAUUCACAUCAGCUUGAGUUAAGAGGAGCAAUUCAAGGAAACUGCCCAGUGACAGCAAGGCCUCUGCUGAGAAGACAGGCGUGUGUGAAUCCUUUUUGUGAGGGUGAGAAACAGGAAGUCUGUGUCAGAACAGCUGAAGACGCAGGAAACCUCCAAACGAGAACUAUUUUUGCAAUGAUCGAAGAGUCGGGGGGUGAAGCAGUUCAGAACGUGAUGGCGGAGAACCAACUGAUCGCAGAAUCACAGGGACUUUCUAACCAGUCAACGCUCCCUCAAAUAACAGAAAAUCAGAAUGGGGCUGCAAGCAAGCACAGUCUGUUUGUUGAUGGACAAUCUGAUGGAGGUGGUUCUGUUGAGGUCUGCAAGCCAAACACCACAGUUUCCAAAUCAACUGCUUCACAUGAAAGUGAGACAAGAGAGACAUUAUCUACACCUGAGUUGGAAGGGGUAACUUUAAAAGACCUAAAACUAGUUCUAACUGACUUAGGAGAAGAGGGAAGGACAUCAGAACCCUUGCCUUGUGCUCUCGCGUCGCAUUCUCAGUUCAAAGGAUCCAGGGAUGAUAAAAUGGAAACAUUUCAAACUGAUAACACUUCAGCACAGGGAAGAGCAAAGGCCCUUGCAUUUGAAACCAAUACAAAUCAGGCUUCUUUAAGGCUUUGUCUCACAGAUGAUUUGAAAGCAGAGGGCAGUGUCACAACAUCAACAAUUAAGAGCUCUAAUGAAAAAGCCAAUGUGAAGAAAGGGCCGCCUGUCGCUCCCAAGCCAAUGUGGUCCCGCCAAAGUCUGAAAGCUUCAAGGAAUGGGACACAGGUCGAUGACAUCACGAUGAGGAGCAACAAGGAAAGGGGCUUUGCCUUGCCUAGAAGUUUAACUCCGCAGGUCCAAUCCAUAAAACAAAGGAUCCAUUCGUUCGAAACACUCUCCAGUUCAGACGCCCCGGACAAAGGGAACAGAAAGGACACUUACUCACCAUCACCUGUCUCAGGUAAAACCAUGGAAAGAACCGUCUCUGCACCAAGUGAUUCAAAAGUAAGGCCUUUAUCUCCAGAUGCUUUCAAACAGCCUCCUGAUAAUGGGAAAGUAGAACCCAUAUCCCAGAAGCUGGAGACUGAGGUGCCACCAGUAUCCCAAGAUGGCGAGAUUUCUUCAAUAUCUGCUCCUAGGAGAAGUAGUAGUGGAAGUAGUGAACUACCCAACUCUCCAUCAAAUUCCCCACAGAUUCCAACACAGAUGGUAAAAUCACCUGGCCUGCGUACUAGAAGCUUCCCACUGGCUACCAGUUCGUCAUAUGAAGUUUGUGAAGUAAAAACAUUGAGAGAAGGAUUACUCUCAGCCAGCAGUGACAAAAUACACACCAUCAGCAACCAAGUCUCAUAUGCACUGAUGAAAAGUGUACUUGCAAUUCCUCAGUCACCAGGAUCUUGCUAUGGAAGUCCCUGGAACACAUGCCCUGGCUCUCCUUACUCUUCAUCCGAUGAGGCUGGAGAGUCCUGGGCCGAUAGAUCCCCAUUGGCAUCACCGACAGUUAACAACUGUCAGCUGGAAAAAGGCUUCUCUCUCAGACUUGCAGAAUUAAGAUCCUGCACUAUCAAUCUGGCAGAUGAAAAUUGGAAGGAAGAUGGUACAAAGGAACAGUCCUCAUCAUUAUCCUCCUGUGUUUCCGCCCAGUCGGUCAUGUCCUUGAUUCCUGCAGAAGAACUGGAGAAACUGAUAGAGGAAGUGAACAGCCUGGAUGAGGAAACCUUAAAGCAAUUUGAAGACAUUCACGUUGUGGUCCUGCACAAAGAGGAAGGGUCUGGACUUGGAUUCAGCAUCGGUGGAGGGAUAGACCUGGAAAACAAAGUGACAACCGUUCACAGGGUGUUUCUGAAUGGACUGGCAGCUCAGGAAGGAACAAUUGAAAAAGGAGAUGAGAUUUUGUCGAUCAAUGGACAAUCUCUGAAAGGUGUGACUCAUACUGAGGCUCUGGCUAUCUUGCGCCAGGCUCGACUCCCAAAGCAAUCAGUGAUUGUGAUACACAAGGCCAAAGAAGGUGAAAGCAAACCCAAUACUUCAACCGAAUGCUCAUCAACUGAGAGUCCCACAAGUUCAGCAACAGAAGAUAAAUUGAACACUUUCACUGUGGAACUGGAAAAAAACGCAGGAGGUUUGGGCUUCAGUUUGGAAGGGGGAAAGGGCUCCAUUCAUGGAGACAAACCAUUGAUUAUCAACCGGAUUUUUAAAGGAGGAGCACUUGAACAGAGCAACAUUAUCCAGGCUGGAGACGAGCUACUGCAACUAAACUCCACCAUCCUGCAAGGUCUCAGCCGGUUUGAGGCUUGGAACGUGAUCAAGUCUCUGCCGGAUGGCCCCAGCACAGCAGUAAUUAGGAGGAAAGGUCCCAUUUCUAGUACAGUCAAAGCCACAGAGGUGUCACAAGCUGCUGAAUAAAGCCCUUAAUAACCAACUAAGAACCAUGUAAACUUACUGUAAUGACAUCUCUUCCACAUAGUCCACAUUCUGGUUUAACUGAAUUAUGUACAAAUGUCCAAAGGGAUGCACUGUGACAGAUGGAAGUUGUUAAACCUUUUAAACUGGCUCGUUCUGUGAACAGAUUGAGGUUGAUAUCUAUUAAGCAAUUUUAUUCAUCGGUAGUGAGCAAGCUUCAUGUUGUGCCAGAUCCAGGCUUGCUCUUAGCUCUUGCACACUCGCUGUUCUCCAUAUCUAUCAGGGAGUGCUGGGCAAGAUUUCAAUCUGGCACAUAUGACUCAAUUCAUUCCACUUCUGCAAAUUUUUAAUUAACAGUUUCAGUGUCCAUUAAUUAUAAAUGCAUGAGCACAAUAAAAGCUUCAUGAAUUGCUAAUUAUCCAAUAACUGUAGUUAUUCUCACAGGUACACAAACUUCAUUGUUCUGUUUGCUCCAUCUGCAGGGCUGUGCAGAGAACACCCAGUAGAUAAAGGAAGGGCACUGAUUAAAUGUUCAAUUAAGAAUGUGAAGUUAAAUUAGUGAGAGGGUCAUCAAGGCACUUGUGGGAAGAAAAAAAGCAAAAUGUCUAAAAUUCAAUAAACACCCUGCCCACUGUUUCAUACUGUCUACAACCUCAACACCAAAGCGGAGGUUCCAAACCGGCAUUGUCUUCAUCACAGACUAUCUACUUCCACUGCCGUACCAUCACCUGCCUCUGCCAGGAUGACCAAAUGUCCUGCAUUUUAUGGGAUUGUUCCUUAUUUUGUCUGUUUGUCACAUGUCCCUUAAGUCUUUUGUUCUGUAUUUCUAAGACAGUUUGUGGGAGACUAAGCCUUAGAGUCUCCUCUUGCAUUUGUCUUUUUUUUGUGAGCAUGUGCAUCAGGGGGUUAUGCUCACCUGAAGCCUCCCCCCACCCCCAUUCUUAUGGUCACAAACACCCCCUCCCCCCAUCGGGUCCCAUGGUCAAUGUUUCCCUUAUUCUAUUUCUUAAGGAUUGGUCAUCCUGGCCUCUGUCCGCCUGAAACUCUCCCGACUGCCCUCCCAUAUCCUGUCCUCCAUAAAACGAACUCAUCCAAAACUCUGCUGUCUCUACCAUAUCCCAUACCCUUUGCCCUCUAUAAUCCUUUAUUAUUUGACUCCAUUGCCUCAAACUCAAAUGUUCAUCAUUUUUAAAUCCCUCAUGGUUUCAACCCUUUCUGUCCCUGCACCCUCCACCAGCCCUACAGCCCUUACCCCAAAAUUCUCUAUUGCUCCAACUUUGUUCCUGUAUAACAUUCCCCACAACCCCAUCAGUCAUUACACCAUUGCCUCCAAUAGGCCCCUGACCUAGAUUUUCCCCUUAAACCUCCCUGUUUCUCCACAUCCCUCCUUCAAAACACACCACCUUGACUUCCUCCACAUGCCUCUUCCUUUCAGUCAGAAUCCAAUUUGUUUGAUAAUGCCUUCAGCAGUAAAGCAGCUUUAUAAAUGCAAGCCGAUUGCUCAUUUGUAGCUUGCCUACAUAAUUAAUUUCUGAACGGAGGUUAAUCACAACAUCAUGAGUGAAAACUGGGAAUUGGAACAAGCCCUAAGAUAGCUGAAUAAUUCAUAGAGUACCUUACAGCUUAACAAGAAUCUCCAUCCUAUUUCAGGGUACUGUGACAAUCUCAUUAUAUAGGAACAGGAAAAAAUGGAAAUACUGGAAUUCUGAAGUAAAUGAGAAAAUGCUGGAAGUACAGAGAUCAGUCAGCAACUCUAAAAAUAAAAAUGUUACAGUUUCAAAGAACCUGAAAAACCUCAAAUGUUAACCUGUCCUUUUCCUUUACUGAUACAGAUCGACCUGCUGAGUAUUCCAUUGCUUUGUACCUCACUACUUAUAGAGCUUUGAUGCAUUAAGAUUCAGACUGGUUAACACUGUUGAUUAAAUGGUUUGCUCUGUACUUUAAUUGUUUCCCCAGUUUAUGUGUAAUCAUGAACAGCACAGUACAAUAGGCAAUGCCUUCAGCAGGACUGUGGUUUCAAAAGUGGUUCACUGUUUUGGUUUCUGUUGAGAAUUUGUACCAAUUACACAAAAUAAAGACUCCGGCAUGUGA